AUGACUGCGCCAGGCAAAGGGUCACGAUGGGGAGCUUUCCUCUCCUCGGCCUUUGAAGGCGUCGAGAAUCGCCUCGACAAUUUACUCGACGAGGAACAACAGGCCGCACAGCCACCCCAACCAUAUGAACAGCAACAGGGAAUGAAGGCCGCGCCGCCUGCCCCGUCGCCGAGUCCCAAGCCUACCACCUCUGCUACGGCUCCAAAGCCAAAUCGAGCCAAUGACCGACUACAAGCCAGGCUGGCCAAAGCGAUGGCUUCGCGAACUUCACAAUCCUCUCCACGUAGCUCUAUUGACACCGCCCGCGGAUCCGUAGACAAGGAACGGCCUGCCAGUACCGAGCCUUCUGUAUCAAGACAAAGCACGGAUACGCUAGAUUCGAAACCUGCAGAACAAGAAAGCCCAGCUACCGAGCCCACCCCCGUCCAUGAACCGCCCUCUACUUCCGCAGAACCCCAAUCAAUAGACUCUAAAGAAACCAAAGAUACGGACGAGGGCGGGCAGGACUCCAAAGAUGUACCGACGCCCAUCAUAAUAGAGCCACAGUCAGACCUCGAGUCUCAAGAUGUUCCACCACAAGAAACCGAAAGCACUGCUGAAACUCAGCCCAAACCUCUGCACCAGGGAUCUGAUGGUGAUAAAACUGUGGAAGCACCACAAGAUACGCCUUCGCCCGAGCUACCGGCACAAAAAGAACAAGAGCCAAGUUCAGCUGACAAGGGUCGUUCGGAAGAGAUCCAGGAAUAUAUCGAGCAGAUCGACACUUUACAAGCCAAGCUACAAUAUCUAUCCAAGAAUGCUGCCGACGCAGCUAAGCAGGCUGCAAACUCGGCUGCUGCAGGCAGUGCAGAGCGCAAGUUGGCCGAGAAGGACGAAAAGAUUGCGCUUCUAAUGGAGGAGGGACAAAAGCUUUCUACCUCGGAACAAAAGUUCCGAACAGCAGUUCGCAAGCUGCGUUCGCAGAUCGCCGAAAACGAGAAGCAGGCCAAUGAACUUAAGAAGGAUAAGGAGAGAGCUAUGGCAGAAGCAGAAACUCUGCGCAAUCGUAUCAACAGCAAGCAAGAACAAGACAAGAGGAAUGAGGAGAUCCGCAAGGCAAGUGCCACACUGCAGAAAGAGAUUGAUGCACUUAAAAAAGAUAAGACGGCCAGCCAUGAAGCCUACCGCCGGUUGGAGCAGGAGUCUAAAACAAAAGCCGAACAAGCACAGGCUGCCCACACUGAGGCUUUGAACAAGGCGAUAGACGUUGAAAAGAAAAGGCAGAAGGAACUCGAAAGUAGUAUUGCCACCUUGCGUUCCGAAAAGGAGGCACUGGUCGAGAAGUUGCGCCUCACUGAAAUUGAGUGGCAGGAGAAGCUAGAUCGGGCAGUAGAGCGCGGUCGCAAUGUUGAAGAGGAGCUGAAGCUAGAGCUCCGAUCCGCCGAGGGUAAGCUCGAGGCCAUGCGAGUAGCGGCGGAGGAGGCUUCUGCGGGAUCCGGGGGCGACAUCAAGUUGAUACGACAUAUUGAAACCCUUCAAUCGCAGUAUGCCUCAGCUAGUGAGAAUUGGCAAGGUAUUGAAACGUCCCUCCUGACAAAAGCGGCCAACCUCGAGAAGGAAAGAGAUGAAGCGCAACGGCGAGAGUCAGAAAUGCGGAAGAAGGCUCGCGACUCGGCCAGCCGGUGCAAGCGUCUUGAGGAUGAACUCCAAGAUGUUAGCCCAGCCCUUGCAACCGCUCGACAGGAGCUUGAGGCAUGCCGUGAGGAACUUGCUACUCUGAGGACCCAGCACAAGAGUGCUGAGACCGCACUUGAACAGGCCCGGAGUGAUCUCGAGAAGCAUCAGCGGGCUGCCAGUAGGGAGGUGUCAGCUGAGGCUGAGCGAAGACAAUGGGCAGAUGAUGUUGCGAUAAGUACGCCAAAGUCUCAAAGUAGACCUGAUUCUCCGUUGCUUUCCGUUACCCGAACGUUCAGUUCUGACCUUAUUGGUCUGCCCGUACCAGGCAGACAGCCACGUCGAGUACCUACUCCUGGAAGUCAAACUGAUAGUGCUGGCGAGGGAUUCUUCUUCGGCCGCCGAAUGUCCAGUCAACCUCCCCGGCCAAGUGCUUUGUCUACAACUGGACCCAUGAUGCCUCCGCCACCUCCCUUCUCGCCCUUUGAGCCACCCAGCGAAUCACCGCGUGCGGCGUCGCCACCGCCAGACCGUGACGACCUUGAGGACGGUGACCCCUCCUCUCCUCGAAACAUGGCACAGGAUAUGAUUUCAGUAUCGACGGUUGGUGCUGGUCCUUCGGUGCAGCUUGUUGAGAGGAUGAGUGCAGCAAUCCGACGGUUGGAGGCCGAAAAGGUGGCUGCUAAGGAAGAGAUGGCUCGUGUGUGCAGCCAGCGAGACGAAGCACGAUCUGACAUUGUAAACCUCAUGACAGAAUUGGAAACACAAAAGGGUGCCGCCACACGGGUGACAGAGUUGGAAACAGAGGUGGAAAAUAUCAACUCCCGUUAUCAGACUACUUUGGAGAUGUUGGGUGAAAAGAGCGAGCUUGUGGAGGAGCUGAAGGCUGAUGUUCAGGAUGUCAAGGAUAUGUAUCGCGAGCUGGUAGAGCGGACAGUGACGAAAUAA